AUGUUUGGAUUGAAGCUUUUUUCGUAUUCAUUUAUACUGAUUAUAACAACAUCAGCCAAUGGAGAGCUCUACACUUUUUUUCAAGAUAUCAUAACAUCUUUAGUUGACUUAACAGGCAUACAACCGUUCUUAUCACCGUUAUAUCCAGACAAAGAACUCGAAAUUUUGUUGCAUGAACAAUGGGAUUUCAUCAUAAUCGGAUCGAGUCCUUCAGGGAUAGUUCUAGCAAACAGAUUAACUGAAAAUGAAAAUAUCAACGUUUUAUUACUAGAAGCUGGCGAAGAAGCUAGUGUCUUAACAGACAUACCAAUAAUCGCAGGAGCUUUCGGUUCUUCAAACUAUGAUUACGGAUAUAAAACAGAACCUCAACCGCAUUUUUGUAUAGGUUGUACUGAUAACAGAGUAAAAUGGGAACGAGGAAAAGCUCUUGGUGGUGGUACUAUCAUCAACUACAUGCUUUACGUUAGAGGAAACAAGAGAGAUUUCAAUCUUUGGUCGGAAAUGGGGGGUUCGGGAUGGGCAUACGAUGAUUUACUACCAUAUUUUAAAAAAAUAGAAGAUACCCGCGUAAAUAAAAUUGACGAAGACUUUAGAGGAAAAGGAGGAUAUUUAACUAUUUCAGAUGAACCGUGGAGAACGAAAAUUUCAGAAAUAUUCGUAAACGCUGCGGAAGAAUCCGGACUUAAAUACGUUGAUUAUAAUGGCAAACAACAAAUAGGAGUAUCGUUUGUACAAACAACAACGAAAAAUGGUUUAAGAGAUAGUGCGGAAAAAGCUUAUCUGCGACCUGUACGACAUAGACCAAAUUUAGUAGUUCAAACUAACGCUCAAGUAACUCGUAUAUUAUUCAAAGAAAAAACCGCUUACGGCGUUCGAUAUUUCCAUGACGGAAUUUUUAAUAAAGUAACUGCUAAAAAAGAAGUUAUUCUAUCUGCUGGUACCAUAAAUUCAGCACAAUUGUUAAUGCUAUCGGGGAUUGGACCCAAAGAAGACUUACAACAAUUAGGUAUACCAGUACUACAGAAUUUACCUGUUGGUAGAAAAAUAUACGAUCAUUCCACGUUUCCUCUAAUCGCUUACCAAUUGAAUGAAAGCGUGACCGUUGAUACAAUAGAUUUCCUUAAUCCUUUGAAUUUAUUAGAUUUGGCAAAAGGAAAAGGAAGAUAUACUUCCACAGGAGGUGUCGAAGUCCUGGCUUUUGUUAAAACAAAUAUUUCAACGGACCCCGAUCCUUUAUAUCCUGAUGUUGAACUCUUAGUUUUGGGCGGUAGUGUAGCAAACGAUGACGGGAUAAUAUUUAGAAAUAUUUUUAACAUACCACCGAAUAUUUACGAUGUUAUAUUCAAACCUUUAGAAGGGAAAUUUGUUUACCAGGUUACACCAAUACUAUUACAUCCCGUUUCACACGGAUUUUUAAAAUUGAAAUCCUCAGAUCCAUUCGACGCUCCAUUAUUAUACGCUAAUUAUUUUUCUGAUCCCAACAAUAGUGAUAUCAAAACUUUCAUAGCCGGUAUACGAGAGAUUCAAAGAAUCAACGAGUUUCCGUCUUUAAGGAAAGUUGGUGCUACCCUCGUAACUACACCUGUGCCAGGUUGUGAAUUGUAUGUUUUCGAUUCUGAUGAAUAUUGGGAGUGUGCUUUAAGGAUCGUAAUAGGUAGUUAUUUUCAUAUGGUUUCAUCUUGUAAAAUGGGUCGUUCCGAUGAUAAAGAAGCGAUCGUUGAUUACGAAUUGAAGGUAUUCGGAAUAGACAAAUUGCGAGUGGUGGAUGUUGGCGUGAUACCACUACCUUUGUCAGGUCAUACUAUGAGUCCUGGUUAUGUCAUCGGUGAAAAAGCCGCCGAUAUAAUAAAACGGUCCUGGAAUAUUUAA